CUCGUCACCCCACCCCCUUCCACGUCAGCCUAGGACUGUGCGGAGCAGCGGCUGCUGCUGCGGGUUGGAGCCGGAGUCCACGGUCCCACCGUUGCCGUAGCCGCCGCCCCUUGGAGCCAGAUUUUCUGGCAUCAGUCAUCCUUAAAUCUUGUAUCGAGGUUUGAUUAUAUCCGGAAACCAUGACGGCUGCCGAGAACGUGUGCUAUACGUUAAUUAACGUGCCCAUGGAUUCAGAACCACCAUCUGAAAUUAGCUUAAAAAAUGAUCUAGAAAAAGGAGAUGUGAAGUCAAAGACUGAAGCUUUGAAGAAAGUAAUCAUCAUGAUUCUGAAUGGUGAAAAGCUUCCUGGACUUCUGAUGACCAUCAUUCGUUUUGUGCUACCUCUUCAGGAUCAUACCAUCAAAAAAUUACUUCUGGUAUUUUGGGAAAUUGUUCCUAAAACAACUCCAGAUGGGAGACUUUUACAUGAAAUGAUCCUUGUAUGUGAUGCAUACAGAAAGGAUCUUCAGCAUCCUAAUGAAUUUAUUCGAGGAUCCACUCUUCGUUUUCUUUGCAAAUUGAAAGAAGCAGAAUUGCUAGAACCUUUAAUGCCAGCUAUCCGUGCUUGUUUGGAGCACCGACACAGCUAUGUUAGAAGAAAUGCUGUUUUGGCCAUCUAUACAAUCUAUAGGAAUUUUGAACAUCUUAUACCUGAUGCUCCUGAACUGAUACAUGAUUUUCUGGUGAAUGAGAAGGAUGCAAGUUGCAAAAGGAAUGCCUUUAUGAUGUUAAUUCAUGCAGAUCAGGAUCGAGCUUUGGAUUACCUAAGUACUUGCAUUGAUCAAGUUCAAACAUUUGGAGACAUUCUUCAGUUGGUUAUUGUUGAAUUAAUUUAUAAGGUCUGUCAUGCUAAUCCAUCAGAAAGGGCUCGUUUCAUUCGCUGCAUCUAUAACUUAUUACAGUCAUCUAGCCCAGCUGUAAAAUAUGAAGCUGCCGGAACAUUAGUGACACUCUCUAGUGCGCCUACUGCAAUCAAGGCAGCUGCUCAGUGUUACAUUGAUUUAAUUAUUAAGGAGAGUGACAACAACGUAAAGCUCAUAGUUCUGGAUCGAUUGAUAGAAUUAAAAGAGCAUCCUGCUCAUGAACGAGUACUACAGGAUCUGGUUAUGGACAUCCUGAGAGUAUUGAGCACACCAGACUUAGAAGUACGCAAGAAAACUCUGCAGUUAACACUGGAUCUUGUCUCUUCUAGGAAUGUUGAAGAGUUGGUUAUUGUUCUGAAGAAGGAAGUGAUUAAAACAAAUAAUGUGUCUGAGCAUGAAGAUACUGACAAAUACAGACAACUCCUUGUGAGAACAUUGCAUUCCUGUUCUGUCCGAUUUCCAGAUAUGGCUGCAAAUGUUAUUCCUGUGUUAAUGGAAUUUCUCAGUGACAAUAAUGAAGCAGCAGCUGCUGAUGUGUUGGAGUUUGUUCGUGAAGCCAUUCAGCGCUUUGAUAACCUGAGAAUGCUUAUUGUUGAGAAGAUGCUUGAAGUCUUUCAUGCUAUUAAAUCUGUCAAGAUUUACCGAGGAGCAUUAUGGAUCCUGGGAGAAUACUGUAGUACCAAGGAAGACAUUCAGAGUGUGAUGACUGAGGUCCGCAGGUCCCUUGGGGAGAUCCCAAUUGUGGAGUCAGAAAUAAAGAAAGAAGCUGGAGAAUUAAAACCUGAAGAGGAAAUAACUGUGGGGCCAGUUCAGAAGUUGGUAACUGAGAUGGGCACCUAUGCAACUCAGAGUGCCCUAAGCAGUUCUCGACCCACGAAGAAAGAGGAAGAAAGACCUCCCCUGAGAGGCUUCCUUCUGGAUGGAGAUUUCUUUGUUGCUGCCUCCCUUGCUACAACUCUGACCAAGAUUGCCUUGCGCUACGUAGCUUUGGUUCAGGAGAAGAAAAAGCAAAAUGUAAGUUCAUUUAUCGUUCAUUUAUCCUCCAUUUACCCAGCAAAUGUUGAGUGCCUACCAUAUGCAUUGGACAGUGAAGGACCUAAAAGUGAAUUUUCAGGGGAUCUGAAACUUGUGGAAAAGCCAUCUCCUUUGACUCUUGCUCCUCAUGAUUUUGCAAAUAUUAAAGCUAAUGUUAAAGUAGCCUCAACAGAAAAUGGAAUAAUUUUCGGUAAUAUAGUUUAUGAUGUCUCUGGAGCAGCAAGUGACAGAAAUUGUGUGGUCCUCAGUGAUAUUCACAUCGACAUCAUGGACUAUAUCCAGCCUGCCACUUGCACUGAUGCUGAAUUCCGUCAGAUGUGGGCUGAAUUCGAAUGGGAAAACAAAGUGACGGUUAACACAAAUAUAAUUGAUUUAAAUGACUACCUACAGCAUAUAUUAAAGUCAACUAACAUGAAAUGCCUCACUCCAGAGAAGGCUCUUUCUGGUUACUGUGGCUUUAUGGCAGCCAACCUGUAUGCUCGUUCCAUAUUUGGAGAAGAUGCACUUGCAAAUGUCAGCAUUGAGAAGCCAAUUCAACAGGGCCCAGAGGCCCCAGUUACUGGCCACAUAAGAAUUCGUGCAAAGAGUCAGGGAAUGGCCUUAAGUCUUGGAGAUAAAAUCAACUUGUCUCAGAAGAAAACUAGUAUAUAAGAAUAAACAAAAAGUCCUUGCAGCUUUACAGUUAAAAUUUAGGUAUGGGCUUAUUGGACUCCAACAUCUUUUGUACUCUUUCAUGCUUUAUGUUAUAUAGAAUCUGAGUUCAUGCUGAAUGCAUUCCAGCCAAUAAUUUAUAGCCUUUCCCUUAAAUCAAGAUUGAGUUUAAAAUUAUAGUUUGUCUUUUGUCUUAACAGUUCUGAAUGCUGUCCUCAAAGUAUAUAAUGUUUCUCACAUGUACCAAGACCAUUUUCACAGUACAAUAAACAGAUCUAUUCCUAAAUCUUUUGUUAUUUUAUAAAUAAAUAUAUAAUUACCUAAUUUUA